UUCACGAAUACUCGAACCAAGGACAGGACUUCAGGAGCCUUGCUACUCCUCUUCAGCUUCAGUCCAGUCGCAGAUCGCAGUACAAACCGAAUCCGCCGCGCAGGAAGGCAUCGAAGCGUUUUGGGUCGGCCUCCGGAGCGGGGUGGGAGGGGGGAUCGAAGCGACGGGAACGAAGCAAUGGACGAGGCGGUGCAGGAGGCGAAGCUGCUGCGGCAGGUGAACGCCCUCAUCGUGGCCCACCUCCGCGGCCAGAGCCUCGGGCAGGCCGCCGCAGCCGUCGCCGCCGCCACCAUGAUCCCCCUCUCCGCCGCCGACUCCGUCCCCGCCAACCACCUCCUCCGCCUCGUCGCCAAGGGCCUCGCGGCGGAGCGAGGAGGAGCGGCUUCCGCGUUCGACUCCGCCGGGUUCGGUGGGGUGGUGCCGCCGCUCGGCUCCGGUGCCGUGGAUUUCAGUGUGCAGGAUGUCAGAGGCUCGUCCAAGAGCUUCCCCAAGCACGAGGCGAAGCACGUCUCUGAUCAUAAGAACAUUGCCCGGUGUGCGAAAUUUAGUCCUGAUGGCAAGUAUUUUGCAACUGGGAGUGCUGACACAUCCAUUAAGUUCUUCGAGGUUGCUAAAGUUAAGCAGACGAUGGCAGGAGACUCCAAAGAUGGCAAUGCCCGGCCUGUGAUACGUACAUUUUAUGAUCACAUGCAGCCCAUCAACGAUCUCGAUUUUCAUCCUGAGAGUCCAAUACUGAUAUCAGCUUCAAAAGACAAUACAAUAAAAUUCUUUGACUUCUCAAAAACCAAUGCAAGGAAAGCAUUCAGAGUUAUUCAGGAUACUCAUAAUGUUAGAUCUGUAUGUUUUCAUCCAUGUGGGGAUUACCUUUUAGCAGGAACUGAUCACCCAGUUGCUCAUCUGUAUGAUGUAAACACUUUCACAUGCUUUUUAUCAGCAAAUCCACAGGAUUCUAGUUCUGCCAUUAACCAGGUGCGUUACUCGUGUACUGGGAGCUUGUAUGUGACUGCUUCUAAAGAUGGUUCUCUGCGCAUCUGGGAUGGAGUAUCUGCUGAAUGUGUUCGUCCUAUUAUUGGAGCACAUGGAUCUGCAGAAGCUACUAGUGCAGUUUUCACCAAAGAUGAGAGGUACCUCCUGUCUUGUGGAAAGGAUUCUUCUGUAAAGUUGUGGGAAGUUGGCACUGGACGACUUGUGAAGCAAUAUGCAGGAGCUGUUCACAGACAAUUCUGUUGUCAGGCUGUCUUCAAUGAAACUGAGGAGUUCGUGCUAUCAGUUGACGAACAAAACAGUGAGGUUGUUGUCUGGGAUGCACUUACUGCUGAAAAGGUUGCAAGAUUGCCCUCUGGCAGCACCGUUGCUCCUAGAUGGCUCGACCACUCCCCAGUAGAACCAGUGUUUGUUACUUGCGGAAACGAUAGAUCCAUCAGAUUCUGGAAACAAACUGUGUAGGCUUGUAGAUUCAACCAUUCAAAUCAAGAGUUUGUUUGUAGCAUCACUUUUUCAGGAUAAAUUUGCUUAUGUAACUCGAGUGUUGUAUAUGGGAGAAAUUUGUACAAGCUAUACAUUUACUUUGUAGCAAACUUUAGUGAGUUUUUCUUUUUGGCUCUGCGUGGCAGAUGGUA